CCUAGUGUGGUCAAAACGAUGGAUGGACACGUGAAAGUAGUAUUUCUUGAUGAAGAGUACAAGUUUUAAUGGAGAAUAAAAAAAGGAAAAGAAAGACUUGCAUACAAUGCAAUGAGGAAUAUAGUGCAAGACAUUUGAGCAGGCAUGCCUGUAUCCCAAAUGAAGAAACAGUUAAUGAGCCGUUGCAUCAAACAUCAUCUGCAGUAAAUACCGACACUUCUAAACAAGACAUUGGUGUGGAUAUAAAUUUACCAAGGUAUUCUGAUUCUGAAGACUGUGAUAAUGAGGUGUGUGUUGAUGAACAUUUAUCGGAUUCAUCUGAUAAUGAAGAGGAACUCUUAUUUGUUGAUGGGCUUUUAGAUAAUGAUUAUUCAUCAGAUGAUCAAACAUCAGAUGUAACUUAUGAUCAGUAUUUAGUGUCCUUUUUUAGAAUGCUGCUUAGAUGGCAGGCUUUAUUCUAUGUGUCUGAUCAAGCUUUUGCAUAUUUGAUUUUACUUUUUAAAUCACUAUUGUAUUUGAUCUCCUCUACCUCUGAAUUUGCUUCUGAGUUGUAUAAGAAAUUUCCAGCAACUUUAUACCAGCUCAACAAGUUUAUCCGUUUUGAUAGAGACAACUUCAAAAAAUUUGUAGUUUGCCCAAAGUGCUUUGCUGUUUAUGAACUAGAAGAUUGUAUAGAGUUUGUUGAAGGUUCUCAAACUUCAAAACAAUGUAGAAAUGUUGUUUUUCCAAAUCACUCUCUAGCUCAUUAUCGUAGACCAUGUGGUGAACUACUUAUGAAAAUCAUUAAUAUAAAUGGUAACCAAAAAUUAGUUCCAAAAAAAACCUUUUGCUACAAAAGUUUAGAAGAAAGUUUAAAAAUUUUAGUUAAUAGAAAGGAUUUUGAAGAUCAGUGUGAAUCAUGGCGCAACAGAAUUGUAUCUGAGGAUAUAAUGAUUGAUGUAUAUGAUGGUGAUGUUUGGAAAGAUUUUAAUGGGAGAUCAUACAAUUUUUUUACAGAAGAACGCAACUAUGGGGUUAUGUUAAAUGUUGAUUGGUUUCAGCCAUUUAAAUAUACAAAUUACUCAGUUGGUGCAAUAUACCUUACAAUUUUAAACUUGCCAAGGCAGGAAAGAUUUAAGAAAAGAAAUAUUAUUCUCAUUGGUCUAAUUCCAGAUAUGAAAUCUGAACCACCUACCAAUUCAUUUAUUGAACCACUUGUAGAGGAACUGAGAAUUGCUUGGAAUGGUUUCACUAUGAACAGCUUCAAAUGUCAACAGAAUCCAGCAACAUUUAAAGUAGCUUUGAUUUGUGUAGGUUGUGAUAUACCUGCCAGCAGAAAACUAUGUGGAUUUUUAGGUCAUUCUGCCACCAAGGGAUGUAACAAGUGUACCAAAACUUUUGAUGGAGUUGUCGGGGAAAAAAAUUAUGGGAGUUUUGAUGUUUCAUCAUGGGAAUUAAGAAAUUUAGAAUCGCACAAAGAGGCUGUUAAAAAAAUAGUUAAAUGUAAAACAAAAACAAAUAGGGAAAGGUUAGAGAAAGAAUAUGGAGUACGCUAUUCGGUCUUACUAGAAUUGGAAUACUUUGAUCCUAUAAGAAUGACAAUUAUAGACCCAAUGCAUAAUUUGUUUUUAGGGACUGCAAAACGCAUGUUAAUUCUGUGGAAAGAUAGUAAAAUUUUACUGCCUGAACAUUUCAACGAAAUUCAAAAACGAAUGGAACAAGUACAAUGUCCAUCUGAUGUUGGUAAAUUACCACAAAAAUUUUCAAGUAGUUUUGGUUCUUUUAAUGCAGACCAAUACAAAAAUUGGACCAUUCUUUUUUCCAUUUUUGCACUGAAUGGAAUUUUACCUGAUGUUCAUUUAGAAUAUUGGAGAAAGUUUGUUAUUGCUUGCAAACUGCUUUGUACAAGAUAUUUGUCCAGAAAUAAUGUCAAGGUUGCACAUUUGUUAUUGGUAUCUUUUUGUAGAAAAGUAGAGCAAGCAUUUGGUUGUCAAGUUAUAACACCUAAUAUGCACAUGCAUGCACAUUUAAACAAGUGCAUAUAUGAUUUUGGUCCUGUUUAUUCCUUUUGGCUUUUUAGUUUUGAGCGUGAAAAUGGUGCUUUGGGUUCUAUUCCAACAAACAAAAGAGAUAUAGAAGUACAACUCAUGAGAAAAUUUUUGAAAUAUAAUCAUUGUGAAGAUGUGUUAUUUGAUGAAUUGAAUUUUUCUGUUGAACAUUUUGGACCUGAAUUUCAAAAACUCAAUAUGAUGUAUGAUGGAAAGGACAGAGCCAAAGUCAAGUGGUUUUCAAAACUUGAUGAACAAACUUUCAAACACUAUGGCAAACCUGUAGAAGCAUGGCAUAGCAAUGUGUUUGAUGUAGAAGGCCCAUCUACAUACAUACCCGUACAACGAAUCAAAUCAAAGUUUGUGUAUGCUUAUGAUAAAAUAGGAGGCAAAAAUGUCAUUGUUGUCAUGCCAAGAGAAAGGUUUCUUUGCUAA